AUGGCCCCUCCUCCGCGAUUCCUCCGCCUCGGUGCUCGCGCUACAACCCCAGAGCCCGCCGCUCCGCUACCCAUCGCCGCAAGCCAUCCAGCCACGAACGAUACUCUUCGCACACUGCCACUGCGCAUGAAUCCAUCCUACCGCAACUCUCCAUCACCAUCCGACAGUGACGGCGCAUCGACUUCGGGGUCUGACAACUCGGCCAGCGAAGGCUCGUCGACGUCCACGAUCGUAGACGUCGUCGAGACGCUCAGCUCGGCCAAACUCAUCAAGACCCAGGAAGACGACGCUCAGACCGCCCCCGCAACCACAAUCCAAGCACCCGCCAUCGCCAUCAAGCGCCCGCACACCUGCUUCUGCGGCACAAACCUCGCCCGCCCGCUCGAGUUCGCCGACGCGCGCAAGCACCUAGAUGACGUCCACGGGCUCAAGUCCACGCGCACGGGAAGGAAGGCCAUGAUGGCGUGCCCUUGGCCCGGAUGUGUCAAGACGUACACCGUGUGUAGUGCACCGCGGCAUCUGCUCGAUCAGCAUGUUGAUCCUGCGGGGAAAGGCGCGAGGCGACGAGGUGGUCAGAGAGGACGUUGA